GUGGAAAACAACAUCCCUGCAGCUGAGUUGAAAUGUUUGGUCAAUUAGCUUGUCGUAAUGCGGUUUUUGUUGUUUGUGAAUAUUUAGUCCACUGAAAAUAUUAUUUAUUUAAAAGGAAGUUAGUUGAUUUGCUAUGAAGCUAACACGGAAACUGGUUCUUGCUAAGGCGAAGGCCUCCGACUUGGAAAGCGUGAAAAAACUGAACUGCUGGGGAUGCAACCUGACUGACAUUUCUAUCUUCACUCAGAUGCCCAACAUUGAGGUGCUAACCCUGAGCGUCAACGGCAUCUUGUCUCUCUCUCCUCUGGCUGGCUGUCUGUGUCUGAGUGAACUCUACCUGAGGAAGAACAUGAUCCCCUCUCUCUCCGAGCUCUCUCACCUGAGACCAUUAACUCGUCUCAGAGUGCUGUGGCUGGCUGAGAAUCCCUGUUGUGGAACCAAUCCCACCCGGUAUCGCCUCACAGUGCUGCGCUGCCUCCCUCGCCUCCAGAAACUUGACAACCAAGUAGUGACAGAGGAUGAGAUUGCACUGGCUCUCAUGGAAGGUGAAGAAGUCACAACACCCCCAGGUAGUCUCCAGAACCAGCUUUCCACCAACGGACUUCAGGAUGUAGAGACAGAGAAUGACCCUCUUAACUACAACAUGGAAGAGACAAACAAAAUCCGAGAAGAGUUAGGAAUGAAGCCUCUUCCCAGAGACAAGUUCUCCUCUCUUUCUUCUCCAUCAACAAGAGAAAGCAAACCGUCAAUGAAAAAGACACACACUCUCGACGCGGUUCUGCUGCUGCUGAAAGAUUUGGAUGAAGAGGAGCUUCGUGUUGUACACACAGCCACACAGAACAGACUUCAGAUGUACACACUGGACUCAGACAUGCUUACAGAGUCACAGCACACACAGAAAACUGCUGAAAUCCAACACUAAUGUUUCACAGCAUGCACUCAGGGCUACACCCCCCCCUAACUCUAAGCUCAGGAUCAUAGAAGGUGCCCACUUUGUCCUGUUAUCUUCCGCCUGCAAUAUGCAUGGCAUGUGAUUAUUUCACUUCCAGUUUUCACAUUUGGGUUCAUCAGCGCCUUUGCUUUCUUUAUUUUUUUUAUAGCUGCAUGCCUUAUUGCUUUGUAAGAACAAAAUCUAUGUUUUGCUAAAUGUAAAUCUAUUUCUGUAAAGAAAAUAAACAAUGGA